AUGAAGAACAUCACCAAAAGUGGUGGUUUUGUGGUCAUUAAAGAAGCAUCAACCCCUCCCUUCAUCUUCAGUGUUUCCUGCCAAGAAACAACAAGUGUGCCUUACCUGUCAAUUGAAUCAACCCAAACCUCCACCAGAAGAGGAGAUUUCCCUGCAAUCAAGAAGACAUCAAGACAUUCCCGUUUUGCUAUUUGCUUACUGUCAAACAAAGAAGUCGAACACCCCCACCGGAGCUGCUGUCGCCGCCGUUUUCCCCCUUUGUAUCUCACUGCCGGAGCAAAAGAGAGCAGCUUCGCUGCCUCUUCCCUUCUCUUUUCUUCGGACCAGCCGAGUACCGGAGGUGCUCCAUUCCUGUUCACCGAUCCCAACCAAACACCCCAAAACCCAAUCGCUGUUGCUUGUUGUUCUGAUUUCUUUUCCGAGUUGUUGCUGUCGGCGACGGAAUCACGAAGACCCAGGGAUGAAUCGCCGUUUUUGACGGACUUCUUCCCUCCUCCUUGCGAUUGA